AUGCGACGACAAGAAGCAGUUCAAUUUACACAUGUCCUUUCCUCAGGUCGCAUGGAACCAUCAAGAGUCUCCACGACUUGCAGUAUGAACCGCGACUCAUACCACCAAUCUAGACGGUUUUCCAGAAGCAUGCUCCAAUACAGAUCGUCCGUUGACUCAAGAUCAUCUACUUUGGCCCGUGUGGAUCAUCAACGACAAAAUAUUCAUGCAAUGCGCCAUGAGCUCCGAUCCAUCACACCUACACAAUUUAUUCCCGCCCCUUCUUGUCCAACAGAUUCUCUCAUUCUCUUAUAA